GCCUACCCACCUAAAGACUACAACUUCCACAGAGCCUCGCGCGGAGAUCUGGCCUCCAUGAGUCAGGUGAUUCGGGUCAGGUGACAGCUGGCCCGCCCUCACACAAAGUCAACCUUGCCCGGGGAACCCGUACAUUCCGAAGCGGCAUCUGGCGCGUGGUUGCUGUGUCCGGUGAGGUCGGUCCCCUGAGCCUGGGAGGCUCUCAAGUGAGGGCCGGCGCGGCACGGAAGGCCUCCCUGCAUUUCCCCCGCUGACCCUUGAGGCCCAGAGACUGGACCAGCAAAUCCGUGGGGCAGCCUGCCGCAGGUCCAGGCCCUCUCGGCCGCGCCUGGAUUCGUGCCACCAGUCCCGGAACGCUGAACAGCCCCAGGUUGAAAGGCCCGGGUGUUGGUGAGCGAAGGCAGGAACACCGGGCUUCUGGGUUCUGAGAAAUCAGAGAACAUGAUAAGCAACUGGCUGCUUAUUUUUAUCCUUUUUCCCCUGAAGCUUGUAGAGAAAUGUGAGUCGACAGUCAGCCUCACCGUUCCUCCAGUUGUGAAGCUAGAAAAUGGCAGCUCAACCAGUGUCAGCAUCACCCUUGGGCCUCCAUUAAAUGCAACCUUGAUGAUCACUUUUGAAAUCACAUUUCGUUCAAAAAAUAUUACUAUCCUUGAGCUCCCUGAUGAAGUUAUAGUGCCUCCUGGAGCAACAAAUUCCUCUUUUCAAGUGACAUCUCACAAUGUUGGACAAGUGACAGCUCAUCUGCAUGGAAAUCAUUCCAACCAGACCAGCCCAAGGAUACUCUUCUUCGUGAUCCGCAGCAAUGUCAUUAGUGUCAUAAACCAAGUGAUUGGCUGGAUAUAUUUCGUGGCCUGGUCCAUAUCCUUCUACCCUCAGGUGAUCAAGAACUGGAGACGGAAAAGUGUCAUUGGUCUGAGCUUUGACUUCUUGGCCCUGAACCUGACGGGUUUCGUGGCCUACAGCGUGUUCAACAUCAGCCUCCUGUGGGUACCCUACAUCCAGGAGCAGUUUCUCCUCAAAUACCCCAACGGUGUGAACCCUGUGGACAAUAAUGAUGUCUUCUUCAGCCUGCAUGCAGUCGCCCUUACCCUGAUUGUCAUCCUGCAGUGCUGCCUGUAUGAGCGAGGCAACCAGAGUGUGUCAUGGCCUGCCAUUGGCUUCCUGGUGCUCGCAUGGCUCUUUGCCUUCAUCACCAUGGUUCUGGCUGCAGUCGGGGUGACCACAUGGCUGCAGUUUCUCUUCUGCUUCUCCUACAUCAAGCUUGUCAUCACACUGAUCAAGUAUUUUCCACAGGCCUACAUGAACUUUUACUACAAAAGCACCCAGGGCUGGAGCAUUGGCAGUGUGUUCCUGGACUUUACGGGGGGCAGCUUCAGCCUCCUCCAGAUGUUCCUCCAGUCCUACAAUAACAACCAGUGGACAUUGAUCUUCGGAGACCCAACCAAGUUUGGACUUGGCAUCUUCUCCAUCUUCUUCGAUAUAGUCUUCUUCAUCCAGCACUUCUGUCUGUACAGAAAGAAACCUGGGUAUGACCAGCUGAAUUAGUCCCCAGAGACCCAGUGUAAACAGCCUGGUCCUGGGCCCAGGUGGGGAAGGCUGCACCCAAUGAAGGCCAGAGGAGAAGCAGCUGGCAUGCAGGUCUGGCCUGAUGUGCCAGCAGAGAAGCGCUCCCUUCCUCAGGGCCAAAUGCCUUAAACUCAACCAGCCUGCCUUUCAUCCAGGCCCCUCCUGGGCUUAGGAAGACCCUCCCUCGGGGACAGAUACCUGACUCUGCUCCAAGACUGAAAGCCAGAUCUCAAGUUGGGCCUCCCAGGCCAGACAUCUGGCCCUCCUGCAUCUUGAUGCACCAUCUCUCUUUUCUUUAAGGCUUCAGGCAGCAUGCACAGGUCCUGACAGCCAUCCCAUGCAGAAUUGGGAGCUGAGUUUGCAGCCGAAGGCCUUGCCCCAAACAAGUGUUUCUGGGAGCAGCUUGAAGGGCUGACCUUGCAGCUGGGAGAGCCAAGAGAGCUUUGCUGCCACCACUGUGUUCACAGGGACCAAGCAGCCAGGUGCUGUGGCUGAUGAACUCAAAGGUGCUAAUCCUGGUGCUGGUGGUUGAGGGGCAAGGAUUGUGGGAUUAGGCCUUGGGGUCCUUUCUCUGAAGGCCAUUUUCCUGACACACACUCAUUCUAACUCAGCUUCCACAACUGCAGUAACAGGUGGCUCAGGCCAGGACCUGGUAGAGUAUUUCUGAGCCCUGAAGUGCCUGCCAGAUAGGUUCUGAACUGGACGCAUGCCCAGUGCCCUCUGGAUGUUUAAUCACACAGAUAUCACACUAACCCCUUUAAAAUUUUUGGGAGGGUCAUUUCUGAAGUGGCUUGCUCUCUUUUUCCCUUUCCUGCCUCUGCUUUCUGAGAGUUACGUGCAGGCAUGUUUGAUCAACCUACUCCUCCUAACCCAGCACCUGUAGAGCAGGACAUGUGCUUUCUACCAGCCUGUGCCUUAGAGGCCUGCCAGUCCCCUGGAUGGGAGGGCAGGCCCCUUUCCUGGCUUUCCCCAGAACCCCCAACCUGGGACUCUCCAAUUUUUUGGUUGUUGAGGAAUCUCAGAGAACUAAAGCCCACCUCACACAAUGCUUAUGGGCCCAGCCCUGAUCUUAAACCUUCCUUCCCACCCCAAGCUGUUCAGUGGGACCCAAAACAUGCCUUUUAUGUGCCCUGAGUUUAUCAAGCCACUCUUUUUUACAAGUCCAAUGUGAGGGGCCUGUGCCUUAUUUUAUUUUUACUGUAUUGGUGGGGACUGUCUCCUUAAUUAAAACUUGGUUUGUUUUCUUUGUGCACACUGAGUAUUUGCUAGGUGCAGAAGGCAGCUAAGUCAGCCUUCAGAACCAAGUCCAUGGGGCUUAGGGAGCCAGCCUUGCUCACCUCAUGCAAAGGACCAAGUAGGGCUGUGGAGUUCACUGACCCAAGGUGGCUGCAUGCUGACCCCCACUUCAUCAGGGAAGCCCUGAUGAAGGUACAAGACACCAGCCCAGUCAGGGCCAGGUAGGUCUGUCUCACAGGUACCCUAUCUGCCACCAGCAUGCUGGAAUUGUGACGGGUCGGAAAAGAGUUUUAAGGGCAGGACACCACUGGAAGCAGGGGCACAAGGAUCUUAUGUCGCAUGGUUCCUCUACCUAAUUGUAGUAAUUGUCAAGGAAUUUAAGUUCUGUUUCCCUAGAGCAGGAAUUGCAAACCUGUCUUAUUAGGGCCACCCAAUGAUUUUUAUAUAAUGUUUUAUUGGGCUGGCAUGAUGGUGCACAUCUGUAAUCCCAGCUGUGUAGGGGGGAUGAAGCAGGAUGAUCAAGAGUUUGAGGCCAGCUUCAAGUACAUAGCAAGACUGUGUCUCAAAAACAGGGGUUGGGAGGG